UGUCCCCAUUUGAUGAGCUGACAGAGGUAAGGCACAGUGAGGAGGUGGCGCUUUCCCUGAGAUUUGGUGCCUCAGACAUCAGUCCUUCCAGAGACGAGUGGACAGACAAACAGAAUGCAGAAAGCUGUGUUUAUGGUUUCCUUCCUGGUCCUGGGGUGGUCCUCGACCCUACAGGGGGUCCCUGUUCUCCCAGAUCCACUCUACCCCACGCAGGAGAACUUUGAUCUGGCCAGGUUUUUGGGGACGUGGCAUGAUGUCGCUGUUGCAAGUACCAAUCCCCAUAAACAUAAAACGGGAGAUGCACCCAUCGGUAAACUGGUUCUCCAGAAUGGCGCCACUGAAGGCAAACUCAACAUGACUCGACGCAUGCAGAGACAUGGAACAUGUUAUGAGAUCAGCGUGGACUACGCGUUGACCACCACGCCAGGACGAUUCGUCUACCAUCUUUCAAAGUGGGAAGCAGACGUGGACGCCUAUGUGGUUCACACCAACUACGAUGAGUAUGCAAUAUUGAUAAUGAGCAAACAGAAAGCAUCGGGCUGUAACAGCACCUCAGUGAAGCUUUACAGUCGGACAACUGCUGUGAGAGACACUGUACUGGAUGACUUCAAAACACUGGUCAGCGAACAGGGAAUGAGUGAGGACAGCGUUGUCAUUAAGCAGGAUAAAGGAGACUGUGUUCCCGGAGAGUUGGUGGCAGAGCCGUCAACUCCGCCGGAGCCUCAGCGGAUGAAGAGAAACCUGGUGCCUUCUUUGGAAACAGCAGACAUUGAGAGUUCUGGUGAUGAUGAACCUCUCUUCAAUGGAUCCGAGUCAUGCAAAGCAGCACCGGAUACAGGACCUUGUUUCGGGAUGCUGCAGCGUUACUACUACAACUCCACUUCAAUGAGCUGCGAACUCUUCAAGUACGGAGGGUGUUUGGGCAACCAGAACAACUUUGAAAACGAGAGGGCGUGUCUGCAGAGAUGUCGCACUGAGGCUGUGUGCCGUCUGCCGAUGGCGGCCCACCCCUGCACAGGCCAGCCCCCCAUCUGGGCAUUUGACUCCAGUGUUGGUCUGUGUGUGCCCUACAAACCAGGCUUCUGCCAGGGCAACGCCAACAAGUUCUACAGCAAGUCAGAGUGCCGCGAGUACUGCGGGGCAGUGAAUGAUGAGGGAGAACUCCUGAGGGCAAACUGAGUGAGUUGAGUAAAACUUGGCUGCUCAUCUGAACACGAUUUUGUUCCAGUACAGAAUGUGUGAAGUUAUAUUGCAAGAGAUUAACAAUAAAACCAACCCUAACUCUGG